AUGGAUGACGAUGAUGAUAUCAAUCUAACAGAACAAGAUGACGAUGUUACAACAGAUUCAAGAAUACAGGUCUAUAACAACAACGACGACGAUACGACUUUAACAGAUCUAUUAAAUAACAACAACAAUAUUGGUAGUGCGCCUGCACCGACACUUGAUAAUCAAGUUAUCAUCCCUUUCACAGCAUCUCUACAAAGUACAAUAGAUCAAUUGGAAGAUGAAGCAAGAGUAUUACAUCGUUUAAAACAUAUGAUUGCUGAUCAAAUACAUAGACUUCAAUGUGUAAAAUAUAUGUGCAAAGGAAAUGGAGUAUUAUUCGAAUAA